GCGCCGCUCACAGGAGCAGGGAGCCAGGCGCCGUUAGGAGAGCAGAUUAUGAAGCGGCACUCCAGCAACGGCAGUCUCCUCUCAUUGUCUCAAUGGCUGCACACGCAUUCCUCCUGUGCUCCAUCGCCUUGCUGUCUGCUCUUAGCCGGCCUGCUAUCGCUCUCUCUGAGGAUGAGCUGCAGCCUGGACUCACCUACGAUGAAGUGCCUGAAAUCUUGGACAGAAGCAAAGAGAACCCCAAACAAGCGACAAGAGUCACAUCAAGUCAGGACGGCGAGUAUGGCUUAGAAAGUGAAGAGGUCAUUUUGACGCCUGAAGAUGAAAACCCACUCAGGAGAAUACUGCAGCCUUUCAGGUGGCACCAUGCAGGACUGUCUCACAGUAAGAGGAAAUUGCUCCAGUCGCUGAUGGGCCCUUACGGGCCCCUGAGUGUGUCCUACAAUGGAAAGACGUGCAUUCUGUUCAAGGCAAAGCGCCUGGCAAUCCGCUACAGGAACCACACCUUCAUUGAUCUGACUGAGCGAGUGUUCAAUCCCAACUCCCCUGUGGACACCAAAGGAUCCAUCUGCACCAAGGAGAAGGCCACGCUUUCAUUAAAGUUUGGUGAUGUGGAGGACUUGCGAGGUCUAGUAAUCAGGCUUCAGAUGUCAAACACCUUCUAUGAGGCAGCGGGUCAAAACUGGUUCACCCUGGACAGCGUACACAUCCACUACAACUGGACCCAGGAGGCCACGUUCAACGCCAGCGAGGUCUAUGCUCCUGCCACAUCGUCCUACCACUGCCAGCACGUCAGCAGUCUGCACAAAUAUGACACACUGCUGGUGCCCAGCUCCCACACAGACACAUCUGCCAACUGGCACAUCACCUUCACCGAUUUCCAGAUUCAAGCAUUCAACGUGCAGUCGGACAAAUUCGCAUCGGCUAGCGACUGUGCCACUUUCCUGACGCCGGCCAUCCUCAUGGGCUUGGUGACAUCUCUGAUCCUGCUCCUGGUCUUAGCCUACGCCCUACACAUGGUGGUCCACCUCAAGCACAUCGACCGCUACGAGGAGCAUAAGGCCACCGUCUACUUUCCCCGGAGUCCAGAGGCUGAGUUACCGGACAAGAACAGCCUGUGAGGGAAGAGGAAGAGCACAGGAGGACAGAGAGAGGAACAGCAAUGCUGAGGAGGCAGAGAACAAGUCACGGAAAAAGUAUCCUCCACAGAGUACUUCUUAAACAAAAUGCCUGUUCACAUGAAAACCUUGUAAAUCACUUCAGUAAAUGCAGGAUACUUUUUCCUUCUUUCCUCAUUGACCUGCAUCUUGGCAUCCAUGUAUUGAAUAAGUUCUCUGGAUGCUCAAACCUCAACAGAUUCUCUGACAGUUGAUGAUCUAACUGUCAAAGGUUGAGGACAGUCCUGGGGUCCUGAGGGGCAACAGCCGGCAUUUACCCCAGCCAGCUAUUCAACCUUUCAUAGGCUAUUUGUCGCUAAUACAGCUAUCAUCAGAUGCUCCUGUUUAAAUGUAACUAGUACAUGGGUCACAAGUGUCAUACUACAAGCUUCCGUCGCGCAACUUUUCAACUUUCUCUAAAGUAUCCUUUCUCUUACAGCUGCAAGAAAUAUAUACUUCAAACAGUCAGUUUUAGCACUGAAAUAGUCGUAUUAGCUGCAUGCCAUAAAAAAGCUGGUCAAUCUGGGCUAGUGCAGUGUUUCCUGAUCAUCAGACAGUCUUGCAUGAAGUGCAGUUUAAAAUAAUCAACAGAGGCACAAACAGAAGAGGCUUGAAAGGCUUCUGAGUUUCAAAGAAUGGUAAAAUAAGGAAACGCUGGUCUAGCACAUGGCUGGAGUGAACGGCCGAUCAGAGCCUUCAGUGUCUCUCACCCCAUCCUCGAACAAGACUGCUGCUUGGGAUUUAACUGUGAAAUGGCCUUUGACAGACCAGUCAGGCGAGGAAGAGGAGGGUUCUCCAAAAUAGCACAACAUUGGUUAGUAGCAAAAGCACUAACGAGAAGACUUUCAAAGACUAUACGAGAAACAAUGCUGCACCAGACUGAGGGUGACACAGGAGUGCGGCUCUCGGGGUGAGAUGGCUCUCUGAGAGUCAAGUGUUUGGUCAAGGGAAGCCAUGGGUUCUGCGACCACCACACUGAGUGUGACUGCCAAAGCUUGAAAGGUGUUGCCAUAAAAUAUGGCAAGAGUGAGACAAUGUGAAUACGAGAGCUAACCAUUACAGCUAUGUACAAAACACAUACAUGUACAGAAGUGUCACUCUGCGGAGGUCAUUUUUUUCUUUUUUUUUUUAUAUCAACGUAAUCAUGAAAAGCUAUUAGGUACAGGAUGACUAUGCUAAUCCUCAUAACCAAAAGGGUAUACAAGUUGUAGAUACAUAUAGAUCGCUACACAGUCAUAGCUGUUUUCUUCAAAUACUGCACAACUAAGAAGCAUAGUUACAAGCAAGUCAUUGUGCUAUGAGGAUCAGUGCAUAUGUUUUUUUUUCUACAAACAUUUGUCCAUUUGUUUUAAAACUGGGGCCUGACAGUCACGUCCAGUCUCAUCUGAUUCAAAUUUUCUGCCAUAGAGGGACGAUAGUAUGGAAUGCCGUCCAACAACCGGGAAUUCUAGAUGCCAUUAUUAUGCCAGAAGCCACACUAGCAGCAGUAACAGCAUCAGCAAGUCAUUACCACUGAUUUAAAAAAAAAAGUCAGCAUGACAGUAAGUAGAUAUUUUAACAUUUGAUAUGGCAGUUCUGUCAAUCUGUAGCAGUGUCAAAUGUGUUCUUUGGUCAUAAGUGUAUCCUACAAACUAUGAAAUGAGUGCAGGUCGUUUGUCCAAGGACUAACUGAUUGAAGAUUGAACAAUAAAUGAUAUUCAGAGGAAAAUGUGUGCUGUGUUUAUAUGUGGGUGAGCACUGCUGAUAUAUUUAAGUUCAUUCGUUUACGUGCUAUGUUAAAUGUAUCCAAAAUAACAAGGGAAAUGCAUGAUUCAGACAAAUCAUUUUAUGUCAUGUGCUUUAAGACACAGUCACAAAUGUGAAGUUUAUACUUAUUAUUAUUUUAAAUCUAUUAAAGCACUAAUUGUGACAUUGUGGAAACGCGAUGCAAAACAGAGAACUACAGGGAUUGAAAAAGACAUCACUGCAAUUCCAUAGUAUCACCAGCAGAGGUCACCAUCGGACCGAUAGAAGUAGAGUGGUUUUAAAUCGUGACACUGUUUUUCGUAUGGUGAUGACGUUUGCGAAAAAGUCCCAAAAAGAACCAUUUGUUUUAGUUAGUCUGUACCUUGAAAUAAUCAUGAGGUGUUAAACAUAUUGUUAUGCCUACUUAUUUUGCUCAUCUGCUUAUGAACGGUAUGACAUGACAUGGCAUCCUCUUGAUCAGUGGUUCCCAAAGUUUUUAC